AUGGCGCCUCGCGAAUAUCCCCUUACUGCUGCUUAUGCGAAGUUCGUGAAUGCCGGUCUGAUCGAACAUAUUGGGCAGGGUGGGAAGCCAGCAAGUCUGCCUGCUGGGGUACAAAAUGCGACCCAAGACCUGACUAAAAACCAAAACGACAGGAUCAAAAAGCAUCUAGAGAACGAAGUUAACCGAAUACUCGAAGGGCAAUCUGCAGUCCUGGAUAUGGGGCCCAAAUACAAAGGCACGAGCGAAGAUGCAAAGAAAUUUCUGCAGGAGAUUCUUGAGCUAGCAGAGAAAGCGAACAUUGACAAUGCGCAUGCAGCGCUCAAAAAGGUGAAUUCAUUCAGUCCUGCUGCGCUUGAAACAGAGGACAUUGAGGUUAGUGACGCACCGCAACCAGGGAUAUCAGAGCCAGCGGCACCCAUGGGCGCAGCAGCAGCGCAAGUGAAGGAAACAAAACCUGAAGAGGAAUCACGCGAAGACGAAGCACCUGGCGCAGCUUCACCCGAAGAGGAAAUACCAGAAGAGGAAAUACCAGAAGAGGAAAUACCAGAAGAGGAAUCACCCGAAGAGGAAGCACCUGGCGUGGCUUCAUCCGAAGACAAGGCGCCUGGCGUGGCUUCACCUAAACUGCAACCGAGAUCCGGCGUCCGUACUUACGGAAAGGGAAGGAGAUUUCCUGCCGGGGAAACUGCUGAAGCGUUUGAAACGGAGAAUAUUCCCUGGACAAAAGGGGACCCACACGAUUGGCCGUGGUGGACUUAUCCGCUGCCCAACAGCGGCGCGAUUAUGGCUGAGAAGAAGACCCAAAGAACGGACAGGCGGCGGUCGGCUCCUAUUAGCUAUUACCUUGUUGAAAUUCCAGUGCAGCAAGAGAAGGACGGUGCGGCUGUUACGUUGUAUCAGCAUAAGCUGGUACGGUAUAGUGACUACCCAACUGAAAUUGACGAAUGGAAAAGGAUAUCAGAGGAAACAGGACAAGAGAGAUGUGUUUUUACGGCGACGGAUCCAGCAGGGAUGAGGGACGGCAAGAAUUACACAUUUCUACGGCUGGAAUUCGUAGCUCCCUUGACACGGUUAUCAAAGAAUGGGGAUUCGCCGUCAUCACUGACCUCCGAGGCCGAAUGUGUCAUAUACGCUCAAGGAUAUGACAAACCGGUGUUCUUAGUCACGUCACAAUUCAAACGAGCACGCGGUGUUGGCGACAAGAAGGGAAAGUUGCUCAUCAGCCGAGUUUGCGCAAGGGAUGGGCAGCUCAUACCCGCUAGGACCGAAGCAAAAAGGAUUUGGUAUACAAACCAAGCGUGUCCCGACAACGCCGAAGAAUUGGAGUUACUAGAUGACAGUAGAGCCUCGACGGCAUUGCCCCAUGGGCAACAGGAGCAGCAGGGGAUCGAUGAGGACGCUUUAUUUGGAAGAGUCCAGACCUACGUGGACAGGAGAUUUGCAGACUUUUCCACAGAACUGUCAGCGGCGGUGGCCUCUAGUAUCGCCGAUGAGAUGGCAAAAUUGACGAUAAAUGUGGGGUCGAUGAUUGAAGCUCAAAUCCAAACUCACAUGUCACGAGGUGGAAAUAGAGAAACGCCCUCAUCCACCAACGCAGACCUUCGCUACAAUACCGCAAGAAGAGAGGCAAUUGGACGUACGCCGCAAAGCGCAGCGACUACCCCGCGAAUCAGGGAAAGAACUCUGCCUCCCGGUUUCCUCCCUUCCCCUCCUAGAGCAACUCCACUGCACCAAUCAAUCGAGGCAUAG